CAAAUCGAAUUGUCUAUUUCCUCCCUUUCUCGCUCGCGUCUCCUUCUCUUCCAAAAACCCUAACUCUCAGGAUUUGCCAUGAAAAGGUGCUAGAUCGAAGGCUGAUUCGAAGGAAACUGACAGCAAGUUGAAGAGCAACAAUGCAGCGGCUAGAAAACAAACUAAGAAGGCUGCGAAGGAUCCAAACGAGCCGAAGAGGCCUGCCAGUGCUUUCUUCGUCUUCAUGAGACUAGUCAUCAACAAUUUGUUUUUGGGGACUCUGUUUUACAUGAUGAAAACAGAGUAAAACAGAGAGGACUUAAGGAAACAGCAUACGAAGACCGGAUGGGAACUUCAAGGCUUUACUGACAUUGAAACCGGAUGCCUGCACUAUUUUCAAUUGCACACAAUCUUAUAUGCUUGGUUUGGAAUUUGAUAGGUUGCUUGCAGCUAUAUGUAAUCCAGCACAAGAUGAUCAAUCCAUCAUCCGUUUAUCCAUUGGUGAUAGAAAAUUGCGUCAUUAUUCAAUCGGGUUUCCCACUUUUCUUACUAAUUUUUCUUUGAUUUAUUUUAAUUUUGUUAUACUCUUCAAAUUUCAUAUUGUUAAUUGUUCUUUGUUUGAGAGUUGGUCGAUUGGAGUUCUGCUUUGUGCUGAUUUUUUAUACAAAUUAAUAAAAAUUGUAAUUAUUG